AUGGCUGUGGGUUCGCGACAGAUGAUGAAAUGGGAGACUGCUCAGGAUGGCUUGGACAAUCUGAAGAGAUCCACUUGCCCAAUUCCCAUUCCGGGCGAGGACGAAGUGCUGGUCGAGGUUCACGCAGUGUCUCUGAAUUAUCGAGACACCGAAGUGGCAAUGGGCCUUUACACUCACCACAAAACAAUUGGAGCCAGUCCAAAUGUCGUCCCCUGCUCUGACAUGUGCGGAAUUGUGGUUGGGCUGGGAAAUUCCAAACGAAGCGGCUGGAACCUUGGAGACCGUGUUCUUUCCAUUUUCAACCAAACACAUCUAACCGGUCAGAUCAAAGAGAAGGACAUGGCCUUUGGUCUUGGCCUACCUCUUGAUGGUGUACUCCAGCAAUACCGAGUCUUUCCAGUGACGGGGUUGGUCAAAGCGCCUGAUUAUUUGAAUGAUGAGGAAGCAUCCACUCUGCCUAUUGCAGCACUUACAGCAUGGAUGGCUAUCAACGGAUCGAGACCCAUCAACUCUCCGGGUGGGCAUGGAGAGACAAUUCUGCUCCAAGGCACCGGUGGAGUUUCCAUAAGUGGCCUGCAGAUUGCGCAUGCAGUUGGUGCAAGGACAAUCAUAACCUCCUCUUCCGGUGCCAAACUUUCUCGUGCUGAGGCGUUGGGAGCCACGGUCACUAUCAACUACCGCAAGAGUCCUGACUGGCAGAACGUCGUCAUGAACUUGACCAACGCCGAAGGUGUCGACAUCAUAUUUGAGACCGGAGGCGCGCAGACCCUGGGGAAAUCAUUUGAUUGCGUCUCAUUUGGAGGCCUCAUCAAUUGCAUCGGUUAUCUAAGCGGGAAGCAAGACGAUGCUGCCGAUCGCACCAAUACGAAUGUUCUGGCGCUGCGGCGCAAUGUUACGCUCAAAGGAAUCGUCAACGGGCCCAAAGACAGAUUUGAAGAGAUGUUGCGCUUCUACGAGUCGAAGAAGAUCAGGCCUGUGGUCGACAAAGUGUUCCCCUUCGAUGCAGCCAAAGAAGCGUUCCAGUACUUGUACGGAGGUGGGCACUUUGGCAAGGUUGUCAUACGGGUAAGUUCUUGA